AUGAAGUUCUUUCUGCUGUCUCUAUUGGUGGCGGCUGUCGCUGCAGCCCCUAGGAGUCUAGAGGACAAACUUGAGCCAGCUCCGGUUCUUUUACCUGCACCAGUUUUGCCUGACGUAAAACCAGAGCCCGAGCCAAGCCCAGUUUUAUUACCUGCACCAGUUUUGCCUGACGUAAAACCAGAGCCCGAGCCAAGCCCAGUUUUAUUACCUGCACCAGUUCUCCCCGUGAUUAUUCCUGAUCCCGAACCCAUCGAAGAACCCAUAAUCGUUGAAGAGCCAGAGUCUGUUCCACAAAUUCCUACUGGUGAAAUUUACAACGAUGGUACUGUUCAAGUAACGCUUAACGCUCCUGAACAAGGAUACCUAGCUUCUCUGCAAUCUUGGUUCACCAUGGUAUUGAACUACAUCAGCAACGGCAUUACUACUACUCAGCAAAUCGUCUAA